AUGGCUCUCUUUUUUCUUAACAAUAAAUUUACCAAAGCUAUACUGUGUUUUGCACUGAUCAACGAGAACAACGAAUUACAGCUCGCAGCCCCAAUACCGAACUUCAUUCUGACGUCGUUUGACCCGACGCUCAAGUUUAACAUCGAGGUAGCUGACAAUGGAAACCCCGUUCUUACGUUCAAUCAAACGUUUACUGUGACGCUAACGGACGUGGAGAUUGUGAAGGCCGGUCUUCCGCAACUUGCAUUCUCUAAAAUAGACUUGUUCAGCAAUAUGACUAAAGGUUUUGAGAUAGGACGCUUGAUCCGCGAGGGUGUAGAUAUGGAGGAUAUGGUUAUAACAAUAACACAGAACUUCGAAGACUUGUUCACAAUUCGAGAUAGCAGCAUGCUGCUGCUGGCAAAUGACAUAGAAUCCAUCAAUAUGACAAGAGGCAGCGUUACGGUUCAAAUCCUUGAUACUGACUCUAUGGAAAGCGCAUUACAUCAAAUAAAGGUCGAAAAUCACAACAUGAAAUGCGAAUGUAAAGCAGGAAUGGUGUGUGUGGUCAAUCGAAAUUCAGCUGAAAACGUAUGUAGAUGCGAGGAUGAUUAUGACGAGGUUGAAGGAAGAUGCAUUCAGGUGAAUGACUGUCUGAACGCGACGUGCGUGAACGGUGGAACAUGCAUCGAUGACAUCAGAUCGUACAUCUGCAGGUGCAUGAAAGGGUAUAAAGGCCAGAGCUGUGACAUCAAGGAAAACGCCACCUCUUCAUGCGUUCCAAAUCCAUGCCUUCACGGGAUAUGUGUACCAGACAACGAAAACUACAAAUGCGCUUGCUCGCCAGGGUGGACGGGAAAGAACUGUUCCGAUGAUAUUGACGACUGUAUCAUGGCCACGUGCUAUAAUGGAGGGACAUGUCAAGAUAGGUUGGAAACAUAUGUCUGUGAAUGUCCCACCGACUGGGAAGGCGUACACUGCCACUUAGUCGCUGGGAUUUGCAAAAAUCGAAACUGCAACACCACUCAUGUUUGCGUAGCUGCAGCAUUCGAACGAUCGCAGAUAUGCGUAGACGAAGAAAAACAUCUGAUACAAUUGUCGUAUGAUAAUACUGCGGGAGUUCCUAUUGAAACAUUUCAGGCGCGAUUGCUCGACUUCAUACUACAUCAUGGUCGUUUACCCGUUUUAUCAAACCCAAACCAAAGGACAAGGCGCCAAGAGCAGACUAUUGGAGAGGUGCAGGUGUUUGUUGUCAGUGCCGUUGAGCAAGGCGACAGAUUCGUAUUCGAAAUUGUCGUGCUGAAAAACCCUUCUGACGUAUUUACCAAGGAUGCCGUGUUGACAAUACUUGCAGUCACGUGUCGUGAUAUUAAUUCUAGAGACUUGAAAGAGGAGGUAUUUUGUCCGUCAAUAAUGGACGCGGCUUUUCCUGCGAAACAAAACACACAAGAGAGUUCGUCGUCAAUCGGAGUAAUCGUCGGUGUUACAGUGGCAUUUCUAGUUGUCGUCGCUGCGGUCAUAGUCGCUGUGGUCAUAUGGAAAAAGAAAGCGAACAACGUCAAGCCACAAGAUUCUGAAGGGUCGUUAAGCUCGAAGAAUGGUUACGCGGCUAUGCCACCGGCGGAGGACUCUGGCGUGGAUCCCAACACGGACCAGAAUCACUCAAACGGAGUGACCGAAACUCACGCGAGAGACGAGUCAAGAACCAUAUUAGUGAAACCUGUAGAUGGCAAUCAGCCUACAGAUCAUGGCGGCGGAAGGCAAAGUCGGUCCCAUGCGCUGAACAUGCCUGCCGACGAUUUAUCCGCCGGGAGUGUGUCGGAUCAUGCUAAAUUAGUGAAGAAGAGUCCUGGAAAGGAAUUGACUCCUGUAACAAUCUCUUAAGAUUGCAAUGUUUAUGUAUAGCUAACAUGUAACUAAAAAUUAGUAUGCUAUUUUCAGUGUGUAUUCAUAAUGCAAUUUAAAUUAACUCAGACACGAGUGUUUACUUGUGAUUAUGAACACUAUUCAACGCUAGGAGUGUGAACUUAACUUUGCCCAUGGCAUUUACUAGUAUCAGAAAGUUGUCAUGCAUAACCAAUAAA